AUGCAACCAAUAAUGCAACGAUGGCGUCAACAAGUUCAACCAGAACAUCCUUUAACGCCUAGAAAUCUUAUGGAAUAUGCGGAUCUACUUCAACAGCCAGAAUGGCAAAAUUUAAAAAGUUAUGAGAAUGAUGAAUUAAGUGUACAAACAAUUCCAGUUGCUGAUGGGUCAUUUGUAAGUGUUAUUGGCAGUGUAAACUUUUUGGGACUGUUGAACCCUACAAGAUUAUUCAUGGAUGCAACUUUUAAAAUUACACCCAAAAAGCCACAAAUUUAUCAGUUUUUCACUAUUAUGGGAUUAAUAGAUGAUACGGCUUUACCAGUAUGUUGGAUGUUUAUGACCAGGAAGUCAUCAUUAGCUUAUACAGCAGGCCUAACAUAUUUUAAAAAUCAGUUAGCUCCUCACAUCCAACCUGAAAUUAUAAUUAUAGAUUUUGAGAGUUCUUUGGAAAUUGCUACUCGCUUAGCAUUCCCAUUAGCUAAAAUUGUCGGCUGUAACUUUCAUUAUUGUCAGGCACUGAUGAAAAAGUUUAAAAAGUACAAUUUAUUACAAUUUUGUAAAGAAUGGUUACCAGGUCAAAUUAUAAUGCGAAAAUUUUUGGCGUUAGCUUUAUUGCCACACCAUGAUAUAUUAACUGCAUUUAAUUGGUUGGUCGAAAACUUGCCCAUUGAUGUUCAUCAGAUAUUUGCACCGUUUAUACAAUAUUUUAGACGUCAGUGGCUGCUUAGAGUGCCACCAAUAAGAUAUAGUGUACAUAAUGAAGAAUAUCGAACUAAUAAUAAUUCAGAAUCUAGUAACCGUCGUAACAAACUUAGAUUUGGAAUUCAUCCUAAAAUAUGGACAUUUAAUACAGGUAUAAUAACAAGAUUUUCAGAAUAA